AUCUUUCGUCAGACCUUCAAUUUGUUCUUAAAAUGGAGACCGAUAUUUAGAGCCUUUUACAUGUGAAAGAUGAAAUGUUAGAUUUUAAAAUGAGGACCGAAAUUCUUUGCGUGUUUAUUUUUCUACAUAGUUCUACAGCAUCUGACGUGCACCUGUAUGUAAGUCCUCAAGGCUCAGACCAAAAUCAUGGAGAUUCGCCAGCUACUGCAGCUAGAACGUUACAUAAAGCUAUGAGACUAGCAGACAAAGUACCUGACCACAAUUCAGUUGUAUACAUUGAGUUGAUGCAAGGAUACCACGACCUGAACCACACACUAGUCGUAAACAGAGACAAUGUCGUAAUCAGAGCAUACAAUGACCAGGAAGUACAUGUGACCGGGGGUCAACGCGUCCCUAGUACUUUGUUCAAGACUGUAACAGAUCAUGCAAUUUUGUCAAGACUUCCUGCAAAAUCUCAUGCGCAUGUACGUGUAGCACAUCUGCCAAAUGUUGGUAUAACAGACUAUGGACACAUGGGCACAUAUGGUGGAUGGCGACAUGAUCCGAUGCCAAUUGAAGUUUUCUAUAAUGGAAAACCCUUACGCUUUGCUCAAUGGCCUAACGAGGGUUUCAUCAACAUUGUGGAGGUUCCUGAUGGUAAAGAUGGUCUAAGAUUUCGUUACAAAUCUUCAGUACCUCAGACAUGGCACAAUGAAACUGCUCCCUGGGUUUAUGGAUACUGGUACUGGAGCUGGUGUGACAAGUCAGUUAAAGUCAAAUCCUUGGAUGCUUCAAGUCAAACAGUAACAUUGGUCGAGAAGACUAACUUUGGUCUUAGAACAGGCCACUGGAAUGACCCGGCUGCUGGAUAUUCAAAACAAGGUGGUUACUUUAGAUUCGUCAACGUAUUUUCUGCUUUGGACCAGCCGGGAGAAUAUUACAUGGACCAAGAGCACGGAAAUCUUUAUGUCUGGUUGCCAAAUGACGACGGGAACGCCAAAGUGUCAGACAUUAUCUAUGUGUCAAUGGUCACCCAUUGCAUACAAAUUAAACGAGGCGUACGACAAGUAACGUUAGAAGGUUUCACUCUGGAAGCAUGUAGAGGCUAUGGAAUCUUUGGACCAAAUGUGCAUAAUAUCCGGGUAACUAAAAUGGAGAUAAAGAAUACUGGAGCGGUAGCUGUGAGGUUCAAUAGUGACUCCCGGGAUUGUACUGUCAGUCGGUGCCUCAUACACGAUACUAACGGCGGAGUCUUUAUGGAGGGUGGAAGUAGAAAAACCUUGCAGUCAUCCGGACAUACCAUAGAAAACAAUGAGAUAUUUCAGUACUCACGGGUUGGAGCAGUUGGUAAUUAUGCUAUAAGUACUUACGGCGUAGGUCACGUGAUUCGGUAUAACCAUAUCUACUUUGGGCAGUGGAGCGCAGUUUGGUAUUCGGGUAACGACAUUCUGAUGGAGUACAAUCUGUUACACCAUAACUGUGUUAACGCAUCUGACUGUGGUGCUUUCCAUACUGGUCGUGAUUGGACUACUCGUGGUAACAUAAUACGUUAUAACAUUGUCCACCAUACAUUACGACUGGUUCCCGGAGCUGACGUGCGAGGAGUUAUGUUGGAUGACCAGUCUUCAAGCACCCGUAUCACAAACAACGUAUUCUAUAAUAAUGACGUACACGCAAAUAUCGGGGGCGGGCGAUAUAACGUGAUUGCAAACAAUGUCAUGUAUAAUGCCACAAGCUUCAGUAUACAAGUAGAUCAUAGAGGCACAAAGCAUACAAAUGACCAGGAUCUCAUCAGGCGACUUCAUGCCGUACCUUACAAUAGCUCUUUGUGGACUUUGCGCUAUCCAGAAUUGAAAUACCUUAAUCUACAAAACGCCAGUAUACCAGAAGGAAAUCAGAUUGUAAAGAAUUUGGUGUUCAACACCCAACACAAACAGUACGUACAUAGGUAUAACAACAACUUCAACAAGCCAAGGUUUUUCAACAUUUCAGAAACAGGAUAUUCCCUUGGAAGGCCCGAUCAUUACAACAUUGAGAAUGGUGACUACAGAGUGAAGUGUUACGCUGCCGAGUGGGCAAACUCUGUAAAUUUCGAACAAGUCCCAUCACCUAACGAUGUCGGUCCCCGAGUUACAGUCGGACCAACGUACCUUCAUAGAGGACUUUCGCACUUAGUUAAUUUAACGAAAUCCUCUGAUGUUUGCACUACGCAUGCUCCAGUUACUGAUACACUAGUUCCAGCCUAUCUACCAGACGGAUCGCGAACAAACGAUCUUUAUAAUGUAUCAAAACAAGGUUGUUGGCUCAGUAUAGCUGGCUGCACAGAUCAUCCAAAUGCAAUAGGAACAUACAGAGAUUCAUGGGGCGAACAGCAUGCGCAUGCGGCCGACAACGAGACGAUGUGUUUCCAUCGGGCAGUAUCACAGUGGAAUUAUUGCGGUUCACAUAAAAACGAACAGGUGGCAGCAAUUUACGGACCUUCAGGUGCUACUAGACUUGUGGGAGAUGGUUGUUACAUGGCAAUGUAUGGUUGUCCAAAACAUGGCGGACCAGCAGAUGGGCAUAUACUUCACACAGGAAAAAUAUAUCGCGAUAUUUAUGCUGAACAACAUCAGAAUGCGACACACGAUGAGGAGAAAUGUUUAUCUCGAGCAAUAGCUCAGUGGACGUAUUGUGGAUCACCCAGGAAUCAUCCAGUCACUUCUAUAUACAGACCUACAGGUGCAGUUCGUACAGCCGGUGCCGGUUGUUGGAUUCAUGUGCAGCAUUGUCCAAAAGUUCCCGACACAAAACCGAUGUUCUACGAUUCUUGGGGUGAGGCAAAUUACCAAACAGAUGGUUUGGAAUACGCUUGCCUCCAUCAAGCAGAAUAUUACUGGACAAGUUGCGGAUCAGAUUUCAGAUAUCCAGUAACUGCCUUUUAUCGACCGUCAACAGUUAGCAAAAGUUUCCCAUGAAAUCCUUAUUCUGUUAUAAUA